AUGGUUCGCCAAUCCGGCCACGGGAUGGAGACCACUUUUUAUGACGAACAAUAUCCCCUGAGCGGUCCCGUGGAUAGUUUGAAGCGGACUUUGACAUUGGACUUGGAUUUCGGUAGGGGCGGGAAGAGAUCGCGAGGAGGUGCACCUGUCCUGUCUUCACCCGACCUGCAACUUCUAAAGUUGGGCUCGCCGGAGCUGGAGAAGCUAAUCAUGCAGAACGGCAUGAUAACGACAGCCACGCCGACCCCCGGCGGGGCCGUGCUGUUCCCCGCCGUGGCCCCUACGGAGGAGCAGGAGCUAUACGCGCGCCCAUUCGUCGAGGCGUUGGACAAGCUGCACCACAAUGAGCCCCCGCCGCACGCGAGGCGCGUCUACGCAGACUUAGAUCGCCCGCUAGACCGAUAUCCCACGCCCGUCGUCAAAGACGAGCCGCAGACGGUGCCCAGCGCCUCCAGCUCGCCGCCGCUCUCACCCAUCGACAUGGACACGCAGGAGAGGAUCAAACUAGAACGGAAGAGGCAGAGGAACCGAGUGGCGGCUUCCAAGUGCAGACGGCGAAAGCUGGAACGUAUCUCUAAACUGGAAGAGAAGGUGAAGCUGUUGAAGGGCGAGAAUGUGGAGCUGGCGCAGAUGGUGGUGAAGCUGAAGGACCACGUGUCGCGACUGAAGCAGCAGGUGCUGGAGCACGCCAACAGCGGCUGCCACAUCGACACGCACUUCUGA